AUUUCACUUUCAAUUUUCAGUAUUUCAAGGUCAUCAUGAUUUUUUACUUGGUGCUUCUCGUUUUGGGAGCCAUUGCCUUUUACGUUCACUUCAGCAAUAAUCGAAAAAAGCUCAUUGAACGACUUGAAAUAGUUGCUCAAAGACGACGUGACGAUCUUUCCAAAAAUGUAGAGCAAGCUCGGAAAGCUGCAGAUAAAUUGGAUACUCAGAGAAGAGAUUGGAUUGGAUCACUUGAUUUUGAGCAGCUGAGAGAUGAACUUCAAAGAGGGCAUGUUACUUGUGUUGAAGCUAUUCGGGCAUACUUCCACAAAGCAAUUCUAGCACAUGAAAAGACAAAUGCAGUCACAUGUUUUAUAUUGGAUGCUGAACGUCAAGCUGAAGAACUAGAUGAACAGGCAAAGUUACCGUAUUAUGUGAAGCCGCCACUUUUUGGAGUUCCAUUAUCUCUGAAAGAAUGCUUGAAAGUGAAAGGUUACGAUACGACAAGAGGUUUUGUACAAGAUGCCUAUCACCCUGCGACAGAAGAUUCCAUUCAAGUCGAGCACUAUAAAAAAUUAGGACUAAUUCCAUUUUGUCAAACAAAUGUUCCACAAUCACUUCUCAGUUACAACUGUUCAAAUCCUUUAUUCGGAACAACUACAAAUCCAUAUGAUUCAACACGUACUUGUGGUGGAUCAUCGGGUGGAGAAGGUGCUCUUAUUGGAGCCGGAGGUUCAUUGAUUGGAAUCGGAACUGAUGUUGGUGGAUCUGUAAGAAUUCCGUGUCAUUUUACUGGAACUGCCGGAAUUAAACCAUCGAAAAUGAGAUUUGCUCAUCGUGGUGGUGGUGCAUCGGUUCCUGGAAAACCGUUAAUAGAUGCUAAUGAUGGACCAAUGGCAAAGGAUGUGAAGACUAACGUCGAGUUUUUGAGAAAUGUUUGGGGAGACAUUGAUUUCCAAUCGGAUCGUGAUCCAUAUUGUCCACCAGUUCAUUGGAAUGAAUCUGUUUAUUCAAGUGAAAAGAAACUUCGAGUUGGAUAUUACAUUGAUGAUGGAUGGUUCACACCAACACCUGCACUACAGAGAGCUGUUCUUGAAUCAAAAAAACAUUUGGAAGCCGCCGGACAUACAGUCAUUCCAUUCUAUCCACCAAGACUUCCAAGUGUUAUGCAGUUGUACUUCAGAGCUGUAUGUCUAGAUGGAGGGCAAUAUGUAUUGAAUAAAUUGUUGAAAGAUAUCAUUGAGCCAACAAUUAGAUUCCAAGUUACUCUUUGGAUGGUUCCAGUAUGGAUUCAACGUAUUCUUAGCUAUCCAGUUUCGUUGGUAUUCCCGAGAAUGGGAAUGUUGAUGCAAUCAUUGACAAGAGACACAUUUGAACUCCGUGAAGCAUAUGCUGAUAUUGAAGCCUAUCGAGAGGAAUUUGUUGGUCUUAUGAUGAAAGAUAAUUUGGAUGUAAUCUUAUGUCCAGCUUCCAUAAUGCCAGCUCCACAACACGAUAUUCCAUCAAAGGUUGUUUCUGGUGUCAGUUACACUUGUCUCUACAACUUGUUAGAUUUUGGAGCAGGUGUUGUUCCAGUCACUGCUGUAUCUAAAUCUGACGAGGAGAAGUUGAUCAACGAAUAUCCAGAAACUGAUAAAUGGUAUCAAAUCACUAAAAAAGCAACACUUGGAGCCGUCGGAAUGCCAAUUGGAGUUCAAGUUGCUGCACCACCAUACCGAGAGGAAGCAGUACUUCGAACUAUGCGGGAGAUUGAAAUCGCAGUCACUGGGAAAUAAUUUCCAUGUUCUUAUCAGCAUUGAUUGUAAAACAUUUUAUUACUGGAAAUGAAACUCAGAACCCUGGUG